AUGAAUGAGACGCUCACGUACAGAGCUCCAUUGUUCAAAAAUGAGCGUACAACCGUUGAACGAGUGGAGAAGUUUAUUUCUCAAGAUUAUUUCAAGGAUUGCAACUUACGUGGUCGUCUUUACGGGCGAUCAUAUCCGGUUCAUGUGAAACAUUGUGAUUUUGGUUUCGAUAUCGUAACAUUUCAUGAAGCUGUGGAAACUCUUUCCACUCGAGGUGCAGAAGUAUGUAUAGGAUUCAAAUUUGGCCCAACCUGGACAACGCAUUGGUUUCAAGUUGACAUCAGCCUACCCCAGAACUGUUCGAGUGAAACGAAAUUUGUGUUACGCUUCGAUCCUCUUUGUGAAGCUCUCCUAUGGUCCGAAGAUGGUCAUCCUAUAAAAGGUUUGUCUCCGGAUUUUGGACGUACGGAUCUUGCAAUUUCUAUUUCUCCAACUCUACAAAGAUUUUAUAUCGAGGCGUCGUGUAGCGAUCGAUCUGGUGACGGUGAUGGCAAUGCAUUAGGGCCCGUGAAGAUGGAUAAAUUAUUCGAACUGAAACGUUGUGAAUUAGCAGAAUACAAUGUAACAAUUUACGAUCUUAUUAUCGAUUUUGAACUUCUAUUGGAAAUGUCAAAAAUGUUACCAAAAGAAGGAGCGAGGAGAUAUCAGGCCUUAUUUAUGGCGAAUGAUAUGAUCAAUUGCCUUGUUGCAUCAAAUUUUUCAUUGGAUGCACAAAUGGAAUGUCAUUUACAAGCUAAAAAAUUUUUCCGUCAACCAAAUGGAACAAGUCAGAUGACGUUAUAUGCAAUGGGCAAUUGUCACAUCGAUACUGCGUGGUUAUGGCGGUACCGGGAAACACGGAGAAAAUGUGCUCGAAGUUGGUCUGCAACCCUGCGUUUAAUGAAAAAAUAUAAAAGGAUGAAGUUUGUUGUUUCACAAGCGCAGCAAUUAGUAUGGUUGAAAGAGUGCUAUCCGAGUCUUUAUGACGAUAUGCAAGAUUUUGCAUCAGAUGGACGAUUUGUUGCAGUUGGAGGGGCAUGGGUUGAAAUGGAUGGAAAUUUACCAAGUGGUGAAAGUAUGAUUAGACAAUUGUUAUAUGGACAACGAGAAUUCAAGAAAUUUUGCGGUGUUUUCUCAGAGAUAUUCUGGUUGCCCGACACAUUUGGUUAUUCUGCACAGCUUCCUCAGAUAAUGCAGCACUGUGGAAUGAAGUACUUCGUCACUCAAAAAAUGAGCUGGUCCAUGGUUAAUAAAUUUCCGCAUCAUUCAUUUCGAUGGAUUGGUAUUGACGGUACCUGCGUAGUCGCUCAUUUUCCUCCAAAUCAUUACGUAUCACAGAUUACAGUGAAAGAAUGCUUGGAUUCUCGAGAUAAUUUUACAGAUCAUGGACGUUCUAGCAUAGCAAUGAUGCUGUAUGGAUUUGGGGACGGAGGCGGAGGUCCGAAUAAAGAUAUGUUGGAAAGGGCUGAGCGUUUAACAGAUUGUGAUGGAGUACCUCGAGUGCAACAUGCAACACCUCAAGAAUUUUUCACUGAGCUGGUAAAAGAUAUAGACAAUUUAUGUAGUUGGAGAGGUGAAUUGUAUUUGGAAUUGCAUAACGCAACUUAUACUACACAAGCCAGAAUCAAGAAGAUGAACAGACUGCUGGAAAGCAUUCUAAAGGAUCAUGAAUUUUUGCAGUCAAUGUCACUUCUUGAAUUCAACGAUGGUAAGCCUCUUACAUCGCAUUGGCAACGUUUCUUACUCAAUCAGUUCCAUGAUGUCCUCCCGGGCAGUUGUAUUAAAGAAGUAGUAGCCGAUGCAAUUGAGAUUUAUAUUAUUUUAUUGGACAAGCUUGCUGCUGAUGGUGGAAAACAACUGAAGUGGGAAGGUAAAAGCUGUGAAACAACACCGAAUGAAUGGGUAAUUAACAGUUGCAAUUGGCCGAGAAUUUUAUUUCACAACAAUCGUUUUUUGCGUUUGGAGCCGUUCUCCAUUACGCAUUUGAAUGAACUUGAAUUAUUCAAGGUAUUUUUGAGCAAUGGACCAUUGGUUUCAGAAAGUGGUGCUGAAUUCAGAUUGCAAAAUCGUUAUAUUACUGCAUCUAUUGACAAGAUGGGUCGCAUUACGAAACUAUUGGUGCACUGCGUAAGUGAAGCGAAUAUUAUUAAAAAUUUCUCAGCAGUUCCUGAAAAUAGUUUCGCUAAUCAAUUUGUCAUUUUUGAUGAUGUGCCUCUUUUUUGGGAUGCGUGGGAUGUGAUGGAUUACCAUAUGGAAACACGAGAAGUUAUUAAUUCCGAUUCGCGGGCAGUUCUAGUUAGGAAUACACCAUCGGAAGCCUGUAUCCGUCUGGAAUUUGCAAUAAGUGCGAAAAGCUCUCUAGUGCAAUAUAUUACCAUGUUUGCACAUCUGCCUUACCUGACUUUCGACGUCACGGUACAAUGGCAUGAAUCGCAUAAAUUUCUAAAAGUUGAGUUUCCAACAAAUGUUCAUGACAUGGAUGCUUAUUAUGAUAUACAGUUUGGUCAUAUAAAACGACCAACACAUCGAAAUACCUCUUGGGAUGCUGCGAAGUAUGAAGUUGUUGGACAUAAAUGGAUGGCUUUAAAUGAAUUCGAUCGAGGCAUUGCUCUUUUGAACGAUUGCAAAUAUGGUCAUUCAUGCAUUGGCAAUACUAUGACAUUGUCUUUGCUUCGAGCAAGUAAAAUUCCAGAUAAUACUGCUGACAUGGGAGAGCACAGAUUUUCGUAUGCACUGUAUCCUUUUAUUGGCUCAAUGCAACGGCCUUGUAAUGACUUAAAUUUGAGCGUCAUGAGAGCAGCUUACGAAUUUAAUAAUCCUAUUCGUUUCGUUAAUGGCUGGUGUGCUAAAAACAAGCUUUCAUCGUUUCUGCAAAUCGACGGAAGUGAAGGUAUUGUUAUUGACACUGUGAAACCAGCUGAGGAUGAUGUCAAUACAUUGGUUAUCCGCUUAUUUGAAUCAUUUGGCGGUGGUGUUAGUGUAAAACUUAGAAUUAACCAUAGUCGUAUUGUUUCUGUUGAUUUAGGUGAUGGUCUAGAAAGAACCAUCUGUUCUUUACCCAUUGAAAAUAGUGAUUGUUCAACACAGAAUCAAUGUGAAGGUUUUGUUAAUUUAGAUUUUCGUGCUUUCGAAGUAAAAACUUUAUUGCUAAGACUGUUUGCGCUAUGA